AUGGGGGAAAUAAGCAACAAAAUUUCAUCCCCAAUAGACAGCAGGGCUUCCAGCAACAAUAUCAAACAAGGAAUCAACCCUCCUCUGCCUCAGGACACUGAGGCCAGCAAUCAAGAGAUGAAAGCACGUAUGCAAAAUUUGGAAAAUCAGAUGAGUCAAUUAGCCUCAAUUGUCAACCGACUAGACUCCCAGGGGAAGGGAAAACUUCCAUCCCAACCUGAGGUGAAUCCCAAGAAUGUAAGUGCAAUGACCCUCAGAAGUGGGAAAGAGGUUGAAGGACCAGCACCAGUGGCUCCGAAGGACAAGAAUGAGGAUCGCAUUGAGAAGGAGCUUGAGGAAGAAGGAACUCCCGGCACAAAUAAAGAGGUAAUACGUAACCCGGUGGUUCCAGUUAAGCCUAACCCACCACCUUUUCCUAGCAGGUUGGAAAGGCCUAAAAAGCAAGACAAGGAAAAGGAAAUUCUGGAGAUGUUUAGAAAGGUGGAGAUAAAUAUCCCCUUGCUUGACGCAAUUAAGCAAGUACCCCGGUAUGCCAAAUUUUUGAAGGACCUAUGCAUCAAUAGGAAGAAAUUGAGGGGAGAUGAAAGGAUAAUUGUGGGAGAGAACGUAUCCGCAGUGCUUCAAAGAAAACUUCCACCCAAGUGCGGAGACCCAGGUAUGUUCACUAUUCCUUGUAAAAUAGGGAACACUAGCAUUAGGAAUGCCAUGUUAGAUUUAGAAGCCUCUAUAAAUGUGAUGCCCAACGCUAUUUAUGUUUCUCUAAAUUUGGGUCCCUUAAAGGAAACUGGCAUUAUAAUUCAAUUGGCUGAUAGGACUAAUGCUUAUCCUGAUGGGGUGAUAGAAGAUGUGUUGGUACAAGUGAACAACUUAGUGUUCCCUGCUGAUUUUUAUAUUCUUGAUAUGGGUGAUGAACGUUCUCCAAAUCCAUCACCAAUUUUGUUGGGGAGGCCCUUCUUGAGCACGGUUCGUACAAAAAUUGAUGUUAGUGAGGGCACCCUAACGAUGGAAUUUGAUGGAGAAAUAAUUCAUUUCAGUAUAUUUGAGGCCAUGAAAUAUCCGUGUCAUUCUAAUGCUGUUUUUGCUGUGAGUAUAAUUGACCCUUUGGUGCAAGAAAUAUUUGAGAUUAAUGGUAGGGAUGAAUUGGAAGUAGCAAUCACCAAACAUUUGGAUCUGGAAGCAACCUGUGAAAUGGAGUUAGGCAUCAGUUUGCAAAGAAUGGUUGGAGCCUUGCAUUCACUAGGCCAAAGUCCUCUAAGGUAUGAUGUUGCUCCUAUAUUUGUGCCUGAACCACACCUAAAGCUAUUACCUUCUAUCGUGCAGGCACCUGAAGUGGAGUUGAAACCCCUGCCCGAGCAUUUAAAGUAUGCCUUUCUAGGUGAAAAAGAGACGUUACCAGUGAUAAUCUCAUCCAAAUUAUCACCCACGGAGGAGGAUAAGCUGCUACGGGUUUUAAGGGAGCAUAAGGAAGCUAUAGGUUGGACAAUUGCGGACAUCAAGGGUAUAAGCCCGUCCGUGUGCAUGCAUCGAAUUCGCCUGGAAGAGGAUGCUAGGCCGAUAAGACAACCACAAAGGAGAUUGAACCCCAUCAUGAUGGAAGUGUGGUGCCAAAGAAAAGCAGGGGUAACUGCGGAAGAAAAUCAUGAAGGGGACCUUGUUCCAAUUCGAAAGCCUACGGGUUGGCGCCAGUGCAUCGAUUACUGUAAAUUAAACGCAGUGACCAAGAAGGAUCAUUUUCCCCUUCCAUUCAUUGAUCAAAUGGUUGAAAGGUUGGCUGGUCGUGCCUAUUAUUGUUUUUUAGAUGGUUUCUCUGGUUAUUUUCAGAUAGCAAUUGCGCCAGAGGAUCAAGAGAAAACAACUUUCACUUGCCCCUUUGGCACUUUUGCCUAUCGAAGGAUGCCCUUUGGAUUGUGCAAUGCCCCCGCAACAUUCCAGAGGUGCAUGAUUAGCAUUUUUUCUGAGUAUGUGGAGAGAAUAAUUGAGGUAUUCAUGGAUGACUUCAGUGUCUAUGGUGAUAGUUUUGAUGAUUGCUUAGAUAACCUGACAUUAAUUUUAAAGAGAUGCAUCGAGACUAACCUAGUGCUCAAUUGGAAAAAAUGUCACUUCAUGGUUGAGCACGGGAUAGUUCUAGGACAUGUAGUGUCAUCUAGAGGAAUUGAAGUUGAUAAAGCUAAAAUAGAUGUGAUAUCUGCUUUACCUUACCCCGUAACUGUACGGGAAGUUCGUUCUUUUCUAGGACAUGCAGGUUUCUAUCGCAGAUUUAUCAAGGAUUUCUCAAAGAUCGGGGCACCACUUUUUAGGUUUUUGCAAAAGGAUGUCAGUUUUGAAUUCAACGAGGAGUGCAAAGAAGCGUUCGAGAAGUUGAAGAAAUUACUCACUUCUCCACCUAUCAUCCAACCUCCUGAUUGGAAUCGCCCAUUCAAAAUUAUGUGUGAUGCCAGCGACUACUCCGUGGGAGCAGUUUUGGGACAAAGGGUGGAGAAAGCGGCGCACGCAAUAUAUUAUGCCUCUAGAGCUUUAAAUGGCGCCCAACUCAAUUACUCUACUACGGAGAAAGAACUCUUAGCUGUUAUUUUUGCUUCAGAAAAGUUUAGACCUUAUUUAUUAGGUGCUAAAGUAAUUGUGUAUUCUGACCAUGCAGCUUUGAGGUACCUACUGACCAAGAAGGAUGCUAAACCCCGCUUGAUAAGAUGGAUAUUGCUCCUGUAGGAAUUUGACUUGGAAAUCAGAGACAAAAAAGGAGCGGAGAAUCUAGUAGCUGACCACCUAAGUCGAAUAUUGGUAGCGGAGGAAGAAUUACCAUUAAGGGAGUCUUUUCCUGAAGAGCAUUUACUUUCUAUUAAUUCAUCCCCUCCUUGGUUUGCAGAUAUUGUGAAUUAUUUGGUUACUGACAAAUUGCCCGCAGGUUGGCCCAAGGCAAAAAGGGACAAACUAAAAAGCGAUGCAAAGUACUAUGUCUGGGAUGAUCCCUAUCUGUGGAAACAAGGUGCUGACCAAAUAAUGAGGCGAUGUGUAAGUGAAGGUGAAUCAUGUGAUAAAUGUCAGAGGGUAGGCAAUUUAUCCCGAAGGGAUCAACUGCCACAGGUGCCCAUGCUUUUCAUUGAAACUUUUGAUACUUGGGGUAUAGAUUUCAUGGGUCCCUUUCCAAAUUCUUGUGGAUUUUUAUACAUUUUACUAGCAGUGGAUUAUGUCUCGAAGUGGGUGGAAGCAAAAGCCACCCGCACUAAUGAUUCUAAGGUGGUUGCAGAUUUCAUAAAGUCUAACAUUUUUGUGCGAUUCGGAAUGCCACGGGCAGUUGUGAGUGAUAGAGGGACGCAUUUUUGCAACAAGACAAUUGCUGCUUUGUUCAGGAGAUAUGGUGUACUUCAUAAGGUUUCCACUUCCUACCAUCCACAGACCAAUGGCCAGGCUGAAGUCUCGAAUAGGGAAAUAAAGUCUAUUUUGGAAAAGAUGGUCCGCCCUGAUAGGAAGGACUGGAGUUCAAGGUUGGAAGAUGCUUUGUGGGCGUACAGGACCGCUUACAAGACGCCUAUAGGGAUGUCUCCCUAUAGGUUGGUAUUUGGUAAGCCUUGCCAUCGUCCAGUGGAGUUCGAGCAUAGAGCAUUUUGGGCGGUAAAACAAUGCAAUAUGGAUAUUGAGGAGAGCGGAAUUCAAAGGAAGUUACAGUUACAGGAGUUGGAGGAGAUUCGCAAUGAAACCUAUGAGAAUGCGGUGAUUUAUAAGGAAAAAAAUAAGAUUUUUCAUGACCAACAGAUCUCAAGGAAGACAUUCGAUGUUAAUGGUUUCUCUGGUUAUUUUCAGAUAGCAAUUGCGCCAGAGGAUCAAGAGAAAACAACUUUCACUUGCCCCUUUGGCACUUUUGCCUAUCGAAGGAUGCCCUUUGGAUUGUGCAAUGCCCCCGCAACAUUCCAGAGGUGCAUGAUUAGCAUUUUUUCUGAGUAUGUGGAGAGAAUAAUUGAGGUAUUCAUGGAUGACUUCAGUGUCUAUGGUGAUAGUUUUGAUGAUUGCUUAGAUAACCUGACAUUAAUUUUAAAGAGAUGCAUCGAGACUAACCUAGUGCUCAAUUGGAAAAAAUGUCACUUCAUGGUUGAGCACGGGAUAGUUCUAGGACAUGUAGUGUCAUCUAGAGGAAUUGAAGUUGAUAAAGCUAAAAUAGAUGUGAUAUCUGCUUUACCUUACCCCGUAACUGUACGGGAAGUUCGUUCUUUUCUAGGACAUGCAGGUUUCUAUCGCAGAUUUAUCAAGGAUUUCUCAAAGAUCGGGGCACCACUUUUUAGGUUUUUGCAAAAGGAUGUCAGUUUUGAAUUCAACGAGGAGUGCAAAGAAGCGUUCGAGAAGUUGAAGAAAUUACUCACUUCUCCACCUAUCAUCCAACCUCCUGAUUGGAAUCGCCCAUUCAAAAUUAUGUGUGAUGCCAGCGACUACUCCGUGGGAGCAGUUUUGGGACAAAGGGUGGAGAAAGCGGCGCACGCAAUAUAUUAUGCAGAUGGUUUCUCUGGUUAUUUUCAGAUAGCAAUUGCGCCAGAGGAUCAAGAGAAAACAACUUUCACUUGCCCCUUUGGCACUUUUGCCUAUCGAAGGAUGCCCUUUGGAUUGUGCAAUGCCCCCGCAACAUUCCAGAGGUGCAUGAUUAGCAUUUUUUCUGAGUAUGUGGAGAGAAUAAUUGAGGUAUUCAUGGAUGACUUCAGUGUCUAUGGUGAUAGUUUUGAUGAUUGCUUAGAUAACCUGACAUUAAUUUUAAAGAGAUGCAUCGAGACUAACCUAGUGCUCAAUUGGAAAAAAUGUCACUUCAUGGUUGAGCACGGGAUAGUUCUAGGACAUGUAGUGUCAUCUAGAGGAAUUGAAGUUGAUAAAGCUAAAAUAGAUGUGAUAUCUGCUUUACCUUACCCCGUAACUGUACGGGAAGUUCGUUCUUUUCUAGGACAUGCAGGUUUCUAUCGCAGAUUUAUCAAGGAUUUCUCAAAGAUCGGGGCACCACUUUUUAGGUUUUUGCAAAAGGAUGUCAGUUUUGAAUUCAACGAGGAGUGCAAAGAAGCGUUCGAGAAGUUGAAGAAAUUACUCACUUCUCCACCUAUCAUCCAACCUCCUGAUUGGAAUCGCCCAUUCAAAAUUAUGUGUGAUGCCAGCGACUACUCCGUGGGAGCAGUUUUGGGACAAAGGGUGGAGAAAGCGGCGCACGCAAUAUAUUAUGCCUCUAGAGCUUUAAAUGGCGCCCAACUCAAUUACUCUACUACGGAGAAAGAACUCUUAGCUGUUAUUUUUGCUUCAGAAAAGUUUAGACCUUAUUUAUUAGGUGCUAAAGUAAUUGUGUAUUCUGACCAUGCAGCUUUGAGGUACCUACUGACCAAGAAGGAUGCUAAACCCCGCUUGAUAAGAUGGAUAUUGCUCCUGGAGUCUUUUCCUGAAGAGCAUUUACUUUCUAUUAAUUCAUCCCCUCCUUGGUUUGCAGAUAUUGUGAAUUAUUUGGUUACUGACAAAUUGCCCGCAGGUUGGCCCAAGGCAAAAAGGGACAAACUAAAAAGCGAUGCAAAGUACUAUGUCUGGGAUGAUCCCUAUCUGUGGAAACAAGGUGCUGACCAAAUAAUGAGGCGAUGUGUAAGUGAAGGUGAAUUCCAAUCUAUAUUGACUUUAUGUCACUCUUUUGCAUGUGGGGGUCAUUUUGGACCUAAACGGACUGCUAGAAAAGUGUUGGAAAUUGGAUUUUAUUGGCCUACCUUAUUUAAGGAUGCUUACUUGUUCUGUAAGGCAUGUGAUAAAUGUCAGAGGGUAGGCAAUUUAUCCCGAAGGGAUCAACUGCCACAGGUGCCCAUGCUUUUCAUUGAAACUUUUGAUACUUGGGGUAUAGAUUUCAUGGGUCCCUUUCCAAAUUCUUGUGGAUUUUUAUACAUUUUACUAGCAGUGGAUUAUGUCUCGAAGUGGGUGGAAGCAAAAGCCACCCGCACUAAUGAUUCUAAGGUGGUUGCAGAUUUCAUAAAGUCUAACAUUUUUGUGCGAUUCGGAAUGCCACGGGCAGUUGUGAGUGAUAGAGGGACGCAUUUUUGCAACAAGACAAUUGCUGCUUUGUUCAGGAGAUAUGGUGUACUUCAUAAGGUUUCCACUUCCUACCAUCCACAGACCAAUGGCCAGGCUGAAGUCUCGAAUAGGGAAAUAAAGUCUAUUUUGGAAAAGAUGGUCCGCCCUGAUAGGAAGGACUGGAGUUCAAGGUUGGAAGAUGCUUUGUGGGCGUACAGGACCGCUUACAAGACGCCUAUAGGGAUGUCUCCCUAUAGGUUGGUAUUUGGUAAGCCUUGCCAUCGUCCAGUGGAGUUCGAGCAUAGAGCAUUUUGGGCGGUAAAACAAUGCAAUAUGGAUAUUGAGGAGAGCGGAAUUCAAAGGAAGUUACAGUUACAGGAGUUGGAGGAGAUUCGCAAUGAAACCUAUGAGAAUGCGGUGAUUUAUAAGGAAAAAAAUAAGAUUUUUCAUGACCAACAGAUCUCAAGGAAGACAUUCGAGUGUGGGCAAAAAGUUCUACUGUACCACUCCAAAUUGAAGUUAUUUCCAGUGGAGAUCCAGAAUUUGAAAACUGAGAAGCAAUUUGUAGUGAAUGGUCACCGUCUCAAGCCAUAUUAUGAAGGUUUUCCAAUUGAAAGGGUGGAGAUGAUACACUUGGAGGACUCGAUUAGCUUAGUUUAA